AUGUCUCACGAUACAAUAUGCGAUAUUCUAACGCGGGGCUUAAGCAUGAUCAGUCAGCAACUUUCUCAGAUACCUCCUCCUGCACUUCCAGCACCUCUAUCUACACCAGAACCAACCAUCGCUCUAUCGCGUCCUCCUGCACCUCCAUCUGCGCCGGAAUCAACCAUCGCUCCAUUGCCUCCUGAUAUUUCCGUCGCUGUUCCAUCUGUAGAACGCACUGCAUCCGAGUCCGAUAUCUCAUAUUAUCUCGUUUAUUACUUCGUUACACCUCUACCUAAAUUCCGUAUUUCCGUACACUAUGUACAAAAUGUUCCUAGCUUACUUCACUCCAUGCCUCCUAGGAAGAAAGCCAGGCGUGCUUCUCCCUCGCGGUCCUUGAGUCCCCGCAAUUCGAGGACGAGGAAGGUCGCCAGCACGGCACCCGAAGACGUUGACGAUUCUCGACGGCGAAGCGAACGGUCCACACGAGGUGUUGGUGGUCAUGUAGCACAGCUCAAAAAAGCUGGAGAGAUCUUGAUGGCCCCAGCAAGGCAACGGAAGGGAAGAGGCGCUGUCGAAAUAAGUGACUCAGAAGUCAAUCCCAUGGCACCUUCGCAGCAGCUCAAGAAAGGGAAGAAAAAGGCUGAUACGAAUUUCCUGCCUCGUCCUGUUGAAGACGACGACUCACAAUCAAACACUCAACGUCGUAAUCCGUUUCUACGCAUGGCCGGCCCUGAUGAUAGGUUUGGAUUCAAGUCAUCUUCCACUGACAAACAGGAUCCUCGGGAGGCAACUCAGCCCAUCGGUCGCAGCUCCAAGAAAGCCGUAGGCGAAUCCGUAGAAGAUGAGGCGAGGAAGGAUAGAAUGUGGGACUUGGAUGAACGUGAUGAGUUAGAGAAUGACGAGUUAGAGAAUGACGCCGAUGAACAUGAUCACAAUGAUCGACCCAGCGAAGAUGAAGAUAGUUUGUUGCGGGAUACGCGGGAGGCUUCAGUCGACCGCAUGGCUUUAUGCGGCGAUGAAGACAAUGAAGGCGAUGAAGAUGGCGAUACUCAGAUGGAUCCCGACCAGGGGGAUUUUGACAGCCGAGACUCGGGCAAUGAUACUCAUCAUGAAGCCACAGACACUUUCGAUGUCCUUGAACGCCAUCAAACGAAAAAUGGACGACGCAAAGCUCCCUCCCCGACUCAUUUAGCACGCGCAUGUGUUCCAUUUUGUCUUCUCGCAAACAAGGGUCCGCCCGUCCACGUGAAACUGGCUCGAGGUCUCGUCAGCAUUCACCCAGCCUUGGAUCUCGUCGCCCCUCCCUCGAACGAGGAUCUCGUCGCCCCUCCCUCGAACGAAGUACCAUCUGAAAAAACUGCAUCGACCCGUGUGCGGCCGGGGCGUCCACCUGCACACUUCUCUGUUUCUCGUUCAAAGUCCCCUCGUCCUUCCUCCUUUCGCAAACUGUCUCCUCGUCGGCGCUCUCCAACUCAGUCUAUGGUUUCUUCCAGCAAACUGCCCUCCUCUCGUGGACGGUCUUCGUCACAGUCUCUGCCCAGGCAUUCUGCUCAGCCAGAUCGAACACCUUCUCCCGCUCCUAGUUCAAGCCGAUCUCACUCUCGAAGUCCCUCACCUGUUCAACGCAGCAAAUCUGGAGGCGGUGCGCGGUGCGCCAACCAACAAGCUAACCCCUCGAAGCUCGGCUUCUAUCCAGCAUCUUGGCAGGCCUUCCUGCAGGCAGCAAAGUUGGAAAUGCGGUUGCAGGCAAUUUUAUUGCAUCCUCUUCCAGUUCAUCAGGAAGCGGUAAUACUGGCACAAGAGGUUUUGGGUGCUGUAUUAUGGACAUACCACACGAAGAAGGUGAAGCUUGACAAAGGUUAUUUCCCAGAGUAUAAAGUACCGAUGUCGCGACUACUUUGUGACGACCUGUUCACCUUUCGCACGGAACUCAAGAAAAUUGUAAUAUCUAUUGCGAAGCAAUCAUACGGCAUAUUCUCGAAGGGCAACUCAGUGCACAAGGAGCGCGUCAGUGCAGCAGCGGCUAAGCUCCUCAAGACCGGUGAAUAUCUUCGGCUUCCCGACUCUUCUGAGGGAAAAUAUACCAAUUUUGUGUCGCAGGUUCUCAAGGAAGCCUGCCUCAGUUUUUACUACGGUAACGGUAAAAAAGCGCUCAAGGUAACUGACGAAUUUCAAGACGGAAUUCCUGUCAAUGGCCUUAUUCUGGUGGCCGCAGUUACGAAGGGUGUUCUCACCGGCUUCCGCGACAGUGGUACUGACAAGGUGCCUGACCUUACUGCUGAUACGUGCAGGGCCGACUUCAACUUACUGCAAAAGUCUGUCGACAAAUUGAUGACCAUUCCCGAACGUCGCGCGGAGCUUGAAGAGAUGCUGAAGGAAUGGGCCGAGGAGGGGAUGAUGGGUGAACUUCGCAAUGACUGGGACAGUGCAGCGGGCAGUGAUGAUAUCAAUAUCAUCAUUUAG